AUUUAUUCAUCUGUUUUUCAUUUUUCAUGUCAUAAAUGUCAUUUUCAUGUCAUUUUUCAGGUUCGUGCUCAUCAAUAGAAAUACCAUCGAUUCUUUUAUGCGCCGCGUUUAGUAAUUAAAAAGCCAGCGAAUUGCUUUAUAGUCAAAUAAUAAAAAAAAUCACAUUCUUUACUUCGAAUCAAUACGGUCAUCAUGAAUGAUACCUAGUUUGCGCCUUUGCUUGUAGCACCCAAAAAACGCUCCAUUGCCCCUCAGAGAUAAGGGAGGACAAAUAACUAGUAUGAAAAGUUCUAUAUCAUUUGGUUCAUUUUAAUGCAUUUCACAUAUGUAAAAUAUUGUAUGUUCUGAAACGAUUACAUAAAAUUUUAAAGUGAAAUUAAUCCUAAAGAUUAAUGCUACUCCCUAGCAAGAAGUCUGAUAAUCGAAGCCAUUUCUAUAUCAUGACUGCAACAAUAUCAUGUGCUUGAUAAAUUUUACUUUCGUAGAACGUGGAAUAUAUCAUGAUUUGUUGCACAUUCAAUGGGUGUACCGUGUACAUUAUUACUAUAACGGGGAUAUGAAAAAAUUAGGUUUAAUGGUUAUUCGGUGCUCCAGAAGUAUGUGUACCAAGAUGGAGGUAACUACCGUAAAUUUGUUCGCCUAUUUUACAUCAAGUUGUGUGAAGAGACUGAAACCUAUAGGCAUGGGGAUUAUUCACAUGGCUAUCACAGACAGUCUCGAACUCGUAAUAGAACUAAAAUAAGGAAAAUCGAAAUAAAAUUAUGGCCUAACCUGGUACACACACUACGGGAGUACCCAAUAUUCUGGUUGACUUGUGAAAUAAUAUGUAUGAUACUUUCGAUUGUAAACUAUUUAAUAUAGUAUACGUUUUCCUCUUGUUUUUAGUGCUUGUAUCAUAGAUAUAUAAAUAUUCAUAAAUGUUGCAAUCAUGCCAACAGUAACAAAUGCAGAGAUUACAAAUUUAACUUCGAAACGUAAAGGCUCGACAUUUCUUGGUUGGGCCAAAGAUCCUGAUUCAGACUUUGUUGUCUUGGCGUUCAACUCCAGUCUUAGUUCAGUUCAGGUGAAUGACAACAGAGUGAUUAAAACAUGGUCUUGUACGAGAGGACGUAAAAACACAAGUUCAGUUGUAUUUGAUUCUGAAGAAAAAGAAUUUGUUGUAGUACAAAAUGAAAAAGUUUUGAGAACUUUCAAGGAAACUAAUCUUGACGAUGCUAUGACUUUUACGCUGAAACAAAAUAUCCACCGUCUCGUUCAAUGCCAAGGCCAUAAGACAUUUGUGUUGUUAGACGAUGGAUCAUUAUUUCAUCUACAUCAUGUAUUGGAAGAUCCACAAGAAAUCUCUCCAAAUGCUUCAAUCAAGUUGAAAAUAAAGGAAAUUAUGUCCGUUUCAUCGUUUGUGAAAAAGGAUGGAAAUUUGUGCAUCUGUUCCAUCUGUGAUGUUGAAAACAAUGAAUACGCUAUCUUAGCAAGCUCGAUUCAUCCAGAGGAAAAUGAAGUCAGUCAUUGUAUAAGGACUCUUCAAUAUGAAGGACUAAAACUCAAAGCAACAUCAGAAUUUCAUGAAAGUGCAACACCAGUGAUCACCACUGUCUGGAGUGAUGGAUCUCUUUGUCUUCUUUGUGUUUCUGUAAUCAACAACAACGAAAUCAACAUUCAACUGGAUAAAGUUACAACAGUAGAGAUUGAUGAAAACGUUCAAAUGACCUCGUUAUCUUCCGAUCAAGUCGCUGUGUUAUGCAAAGGACAAAAUGUUCACAUAAUAGACUUGAAAUUUGGAACAACGAUUCAGAAAAUGGAAAUCGGCUGCAAUGUGGCAAAGAUGACAACAAUUGAAAAUUUCAUCUUGUUUGAUACUCCAAAUCAUGUUAAAAAACUUCCCUUCACUUCAAAUCCAGUCACUCUAUCGAGUGUUAUUUUAAAACAACGUCAAGGCCAGCAAACAUGUCAAGUUCAUUGUGCUAAAUGGACAGAUCAACCAAAACAAACCAUGUUACUCAAUGAGAAAGAUAAUAACCUGUUGGAAAUAUUAUUAAAAACAGAACAAGAAGCAAAUUUUGACAGAACUUGGACCAAGUUUUGGAAGGGAAAAUCGCAAGAUAAUAAAAAACAAUUUUCCAGAUCGAAUACCAUGAAGGAAAUCUUGAAUAGAUUUGGAACAGACGAGAAGAAAAAAGUUUUCUGGCCUCGUUCAACUAUCUUGGAAAUUGUGUCAACUGGUUGGAUUAAUGGAGGAUGGUGUGAUAAAAUAUUUCAAGAAAUAUACAAGAUGGAAGAUUGGGAUUUACUUCAAGAGUGUUUGAAAAAUUUGACCGACAUCCCAGAGACUGUUCUAGUACAAUGUCUGACUCUAAUCGCUGCAAAAGCGUCUGAAGACAUUACCAUGGAAACCAUACAAUACAAUGAUUCUGCGAAGAAGGAUAAAGAUCUUGAAAACAAUGAAGAAAAACUUGAUUUUUCUUUGUUUCCACAUCAUUUAUACUCUUGCAUAAAUGAAAUUUUACAGCUACCAUAUUCUGAGAAUGCAUUGAGAAAAGAACUAAGCUCUGUGCCAUUUAAUGCAAUAUUGAAGAUUGUGCUGCAUCUCACUAAUCUCUUGGAAAACAUAUUUCUCGGAUCAGAAUCCCCUACACUGAAUCAGGUCAUAAGUUGGCUUGGGAUGAUCAUCGAUGCACAUUUAUCUGAAAUUAUAUUGUUGGAAGAUUCCUGGCCCGCGAUAUCUAAACUACAAGAAGCUGUCGACUUGCAGAGUAAAGUGUUCACAGAAUUGACUACAGUAUCAAGACUUCUAACACAAAUUCAAUCAAAGCUGCCUGCUGGGAAGAAAUCAAAAGAAUUGUAUACAGUUGAAAUCAUGAAAUUUUGAAUAAAUGACGUUUCGACAAAAA